CGUGACAAACGCGCGCGAAAUGCAUUUGAGGUUUCGCGAGCUUUGUGCAACAUGGAAGUUUCGUUAUGGAACGACUGUUUCUUUUCUUUUGCUAGCUUCAUUGUAUUUGUUGGCUCAGGUGAGUCUAUAUCAUUUAACACCCCGUGCUGCAUAGUGAAAUUUUUUUAUUUUUGUCUGGAGUUUGAUGCGAUCGCCGUAAACAUACAGCAAAUAGUGUUGGCAACCUCAGCUGGCUAGUCGUGAGUUAACAUUAUUAGUCUGGAACGUUUUUAAGCGCGAGCUGUUUUACUUUCAAUAACUUAAACUAUAGAUUCCCUGUUUGCCUAAUAUAAUCAGCUACAUAGGAAUCUUUGGCACGGGGUAGAAAUUAUCUAUAAGGCGAUAAAUAUUUCCAUAUCUGGCAAUGUUUUGAGUUGUCUCAGUUGUCGAGAAGUUCGUUCUUGGUACUGGAUAUGUGAUCGAUGUCUCAUCGUCUUGCAUGCAGUAAAUCCAAUCACGAAGUAUCUUGAACAUAUAACCGGCAUCUUGUUAAACUAGAUGCGAUGAAUUUGGAGUUGUAAUAGUUAUUUUAGUUAAUGCGCAAUCUAAAAUAUAUAUAUAUAAAAAAAAAAAAAUUUUGGAAUGUGCUUAAUUCGACUCUAGUUGCCGCCCACCAAUAUGAUUUUGAGGUCAAGUUUAUUUUUAUCCUUGUUUAAAUAAUUUCCCUUUGGAUUCCCUUUAGGCAACUUAUGAAAGUGAUAAAAUUCGAGAUGAAGGGGAUUAAAUCUAAACCAAGGGAACUAGAGAACAAUAAUUUCUUCAGAUAAACGCUCUGCAGAGUUUUGUUUACCGACAUAUCUAAUAUCUUGUAAACUUCACUUCCUUCAAGUGAAGUUGAAGAGCGCGUGUUUGACCCUCAUGAAGAGAAUGUAGUUGAGGUGUUUUUCAAAAAGUGGGCACGUUACAAUAUUUUAGAGCCAAGAUUUUCUUCUUUUUCCUAUUAUUUUUACAGAAGCAUGCCUUUCCCAGAGUAACCCCCUCUCUAGGGCAGAGCUUAGAUUUUUCAGAGUUUCUGAUCGCAUUUAAGAAAAGAAGUGGUUUUCAUGGAUUUCAGUAGGCUUGUGUUCAUGGGGUUAGAAGGAAUGGCAAAUGAAGUAACUGGCACUGGAAAUGAGUUAUGCUAUAUUUUUCAUAUUUGUACUUUGUGGCAAACCUGAACGUCAUGAUUUUUGUAUUGUUGAUGGUGAGAUUGGUUGUAACUGCCCCCUUUCACAACCUUGUACAAAAACCUAGACUGACUGACCCUGAUGUAUCUAAACUUACCCUUUCCACUCUUUUUCUUGUUGUAGCAUCAUCUUUACAACUGAGUGAUUGUAAGGAGUUCAAAGUAAUUCCUCCUGAACAGUAUGAUAGAAAUGUCUCUUCAUUAACUGAUAUUACAAAGAGGCCCCUGGGAUAUAUGUAUGCAAAAGCAGACUAUCCCACUGUGCAGUCAGAAGUGAAAAACCCAUGUUUUUAUGUGAGGAAUUUGACUUCAAGAAAUGUGGAAGUCAUGGUAAGUACUGGUGACAACCCCCUUAAAGCUUUAACCCAUAAGAGUGACUCCUCACAGCAUCACUCUUGAAUCUAAUGUAAAGGUUGCAAGAAUAAAGGAAAUGAUCACCAAUUUAGGAAGUUCUCAAUUGUCAAAAAAAAAUUAUCCUUGACAGUACCACAGGAAAUGUAAAGAGAAAUCUGUGGGGAAUUUAGAUAUCAACUAAGUCGGAAAGGGUUAAGAUGGAACUAAAAUUUGUAGUUUUAGAGAACUCGUGGCCAAUGUGAAAAAGUGGCUGUGAAGAGGAGAUAUUUAAAGAAUUUGCUGUUAAGAGAUGAAGGAGUCAUAGUAUUUAUUGUUGACUGAGAAUAAGCAUGGCUGAGACUUGCCAUAACAGCCACAGAACAAAAACAUUGUAGUUGUAGAGAAUUUGUGGGAUUAAUUUUUGUAAAUAAUACAAGACAGUCAGGAGGCACCAUUAAAAGUAGAUAAGAUAUAUAGGUAUGGUAUAUGAUGAAACUAGGCCUUAUUGUAGAGAGGUUCCUUUUGUAUUUUAUCACAUAAAAAGAUUAUAGUGAAGUCAAUGUAUACUUAUUUAAUUUGCUUGUCUGAUUUGGUUUGAAAUACUUGGCAGAUUCAAACUCGUGUUUCUGGAAAGACUGUUUGGUGAGUAGAUCACUUCCUGAAAAUGGCCUAUUGUGAAAAGAAUAUUGAAGAUAAUGUGAUAUUAUUAUAUCUCUCAGGUAGUAUGUGCCUAGUAUUGUUCUAUUCAGCAGGCGGUAUCUUAAUGUUAGGCCCACUAAAUUCAAAGGUCCUUUCAGUUGAAAUCUUUCCCUCUUAUUCGAACUGAGAAAUAAAUAUCUUCUUAAACCCUUUCACUCCCAGAUCAAAUUUGUCAUUCUCCUUAUUGUCAACCAUACAAUUAUUAUAAUGUUAGUUCAGAGAACUAAUUAUCCCCAAAUUGACGUUUUUCUUUAUUUUCAUCACUUACCUGCCAGGUGGUUGAUAUGGUAUUGAUAUUGUAUUGAUAUUGUAUUGAUAUUGUAUUGAUAUUGUAUUGAUAUUGUAAGGAGAAAUUCUCUCUUGGUCACUCAAGGGUUAAAUGUUGUUUCCUCAGUCUGUAUUACUUGUAUAAGUUAGGAAGUGUGUUUUUUGCCUUGAAUCUUGGACCACAAAUCCAAGUGGAAAAACCCUGGUUCAUAACUUACAGUACUCACCUCAGACUUGGUUAGUAAGAUAUAUUAAUAUUACAGAACCUGUAAUAUCUCUUUAACCCUGCAACUCCCAUGAGUGACCAAGACAGAAUUUCUCCUUACAAUAUCAAUACAUUAUCAACCAGAUAAGUGAUGUGAAUAUAGAAAAAUAUCAAUUUGAGGAUAAUUAACUGAUCCAAUGCUAAAUUAUCUGAACUAACAUUAUAAGAAUUGUUUGGUUGACAGUAAAGAGAAUUACAAAUUUGAGCUGGGAGUUAAAGGUAAUAUAUUUACAUAACCUUCAACAUUUUUCUACUUAUACUGGUUUUGCAAGAACUUAAAUGGAUAAUUUAGCACUAUCAACAAGUUGAUAACUGAAAUUGACCACCGUAAAGAGUUUCAAAGCUGAUGUUGCAGUGUUAGCCUUCAUCGUGCGCUCUGAUCAAGGGCUCAUGCUCAAAACAUCUGCUUGAAACUCUUUGGCCAAUUUACAUUAUAACCACAUUGAUAAUACUAAAUUUCCCUGUUAUUCUCUCCAACUGAGGUAACACCACAGUUUCUUUAGAAACUUACCCUGCUACUCUAUACAAGAAUUUAGUUUACUUAGCAAGAUGUAUAUUACUUUAACCAGUAAAUACAUUUGCAUAACCUUCUACAUCAUUUUAUUGAUACUGGUUAUACAAUUUGAAUAAGUUAAUUAAUUGUUGUAAACAAGCUGUUAUUUUAAACCAUGAUUGACAUAUGGCAAUGUUUUAUUACCUCCAAUAUAUUAGUGUAAGAGAUAACAAAAAACCUACUCCAAAGACAGAUUGUGCUCAGGUAAGAAUUUUUCAAUCAGUGUUUUACAACUGUUACUAACAGUAAUAAACGGUGCAUGUUUCAUGAUUUCUGUUGCAGACAUUUCCUUCAACAGCUCUUGGUUUAUUUUGGGGUUCAACUAUCUUGGAUCAUUGAAUUUCAGUAGGAUUUUCACAAUGAAGCUUUUCAGUCUAACUUCCACUCCCUCACUCUUGGAGUUCACCUUUCCAGUUAAUCCUUUACAACCUAACAUCAGUAUGCAAACUCUCCAUACUAUACUAUAUAGGAGAAUUUGUUUAACAAUCAAGAGCUUCUUAAGUUUAUCAUUUCCUUUAUUCUCGUGAACUAAGUCUGUGAUUCGGGGAUGAUAUUAUAAGGAGAAAUUAGGUGUUAAUCACUGCUAGCUACAUAAGGCAUUUUAAUUGGUUUUUACUCAUGAUCUAUGGGAAGACAGAUGAGUAGAUGAUGUCACCAUUAAAAACAUUUUGCUUUUUUAUCAUAUAAAACAGUUUUUUGUUGUGGGUUUUUAUGGUAGUAGACCACAGAGGAUGACAAAUGUAGUAAGAAUGUGAUUGCCACACUUGGCUGUACCUCAUGUCCCACUCGGGCUGCCAUGGGCAACUAACUUUCAGCAAAAAAUACAGACAGUUUUUAACACAACUUAAUGAUAUAUUCUAUCUCAACAAUUUCUGAUACCAAUUGGUAGGAUCAGUUAAAACUGCAAACAAAAUAACAAGCAAAAACCUAAUUACAAUUUAAACUUAAUACACUCAGGAAAAUUGCAAUGAAAAUAAUAAUGAAGCCUACACAAUACUAAAACUUACAGUUGUUGUGAUGCUGAUAGAAAUACUUCUGAAUUACUGCCAAAUGGUGGAGAGGCUGCAUGACAUGCGAUACAAUGAAAUAUGAUUUUCUAAGAAAUACAAUAUGAAAUAUGAUCGCAAGCAGACUUGCUGAGUAAAACUAACAACUUAGUUGCACAAUUAAGUUAAAUACUUGCUACAUUAUGUAGUGUUACAUUGCACAGCACACACAAAAUGCUUACUGUAAUCAGGGUCAUUUGUAUAAAAACAAUAAACAAAAGAAAAAGAACAAGGCAUUUGUGAUCUACAACACUUUCCUGUUCUUACUCCAUUCUGACUUCAGUGUGAUCUAUUACUAAACAGACGUAAAAAUUCUAAUUCAUUGAUCUUUGCUUUUAAAGGGUGGAACGCUUAGCCUGGCAUGCUGGGAUCCAACAACAAAUGAUGUGAUAUUUGAGUUUUACUGUGAUCCUGGAAAAGGCUGUGAUACAGAUGUUCAGUUCUGGUUCAGAUUAACUCCAAGCCCCCCUGGAGCUGGUGAGUAAAUAAUACAAGAAACUGACACUUACACUUACAAGAUCUUAUUUUAAUUCUCCUUACUUUCAAAAUCUUUUUGACAUCUCUGGGAGAUGAAGGUCCUUUACAGGGUAACAAACCUUGAGAUGAACCUCUCUCUACAGUGUAGAUCAGGGAAAGUUUGAAUUUUCCUUUUGUAGUUUGUAGUGUUUUUCAAGAAAGUAAAAUUUAUAUUAUUCCACUGAACUUCAUCCUCUACUUAUUGAGUUACUAAUAACUUUAAUUACUGAUAUUUUUUGCCACAGAUGUUGAUGACUGGUGUCUUGCCCGUAACAGUUUGUUUCCUCAUGAUUUGAAGGAGGUACCUAUACCACGAGAUAAAGAGCCAACUGUAAAAAGUUCAACAACCAGCUUUUCAUCUUGUAACUUCCUUUUGGGAGGAAUAUGUCUUUUGAUGUUGCACUGGUUUGCACACUCGCUAGAAAAUUGAAUUCCUGUUAAAGCUUGAUUUAAUUUUGAUUUAUCAAGUGUCAUCUCUUCAUAGAAGGUAGGCCAUUUGCGGUUGUGUACUUAGUUGCCAAGCCUUUGAUUUGGAGUUAGGCUGAAGGUGACUAUCCUGUGAUAUAGACCAGUAUCUAGUUAGCAUGAUGACAUGAAGUUCUGUUUCCAAUGAAUCAAAACUAUGACAAACUUUGAGAAAGAAACUAGACAUUGGUUAUACAUUUUCAUUAACAAAAAGAACAAUACUUAACUUAGCAAAAUGCAUGACAACAGCAUGUGCACGUACAUGACAUGUACUGUCCACUUACACAGGCAUGACAUGUCAGCUGUCCUCUUACACUGUCCAGUUACAAGCAUGGCGCAUACACUGUCCUAUCAAUGCCAACAUUGGGCUGGUGAUAACCAAUCACAUUCUACAGUUUUGUUAUAGUUUUGAUUCAUAGUGUGGAUAUUUUCAGUGACAAUAUUGAUGACAAUUUUUAUCAUUCUCACGAGUGGUUCUCACACUAUCAACACUUUUUCUAAAUAAAUGUUAAGGUUAAUUUAACCCUUUAACUCCCAUGAGUGACCAAGACAGAAUUUCUCCUUACAAUAUCCAUACAAUAUCGACGACAUAAGUGAUGAGAAUAAAGAAAACCAUCAAUUUGGGGAUGAUUAGUUGAUCCAAUACUAAAUUCUCUGAACUAACAUAAGAAUUGUAUGGUUGACAGUAAGGAGAAUUACAAAUUUGGUCUGGGAGUUAAAGGGUUAAGUAAAGAAUGAGAAGUAGAAUAAACAUGAAGUGGAAAUACUGUAAUGGUAGAGUUGAUAUCAUCAGUGGCUGAUCUAGGGAAGGGGCCCAGGGGUCCACCCCCCCCCCCUCCUUAGCUCAAGGUCUGGAUCUGUUACUGAUCAUACAGUUACUCAGUUACUGCACACAUUUGCUGCAGUGCAACAAAGUUUAGAAGAAGUUAAUCAUAUCUCGAUCAAGAAGUUAGAAGAGAAAACACCUUGCUUCAGGAAUAAUUAGAUCCCUUAAAUUGAGCAUAUUUAUUUGACUUUGUAUCAAUGAGACAUGAUAGUAGUAAUUGUUACAGAUAUUUUAUCAAAAUGUUUCAAUAUUUAUCCUGUAGAGAUGAGGAUUAGCAAAAGGAAAUUGAAAUGGUUUUCCUAAUUGGUUAGGGAAUUAGAAGAUUUAGCAAUUGACUGUGAGAAAUUAUAUAACUUAAUUCUUGAUCUCCUCACUCCCAGGAGUUACAGAAUAUAAAUUUUUUUAUGCAAUAUCAAUACAAUUUCAAGCAGAAAUGUAUUGCUUGAUUUCAUA